CUCCCCACUGGCACCACUGAGCCCCGUCCGUCUCGCCCGGCUCCCCCAUGGCCGCGGCUCCCUGGGAAGCACCUCGCGCCGCCGCCCUGCUGAAGCUGCGUUGCCGGGCGGCGGCUGCCUCUCCACGACGCCGCUAGCGCUCCGCGUCCCGCUCACCUUCGUCUCCGAUACAGCGCUGAGGAAAAGGGGUCCCGCAACACAACCCCGGCAGCUCUCGGCCGGCUCUCCGCGGCUGGACGGCACGUCCGUGCCACUUCUCCUUUCUCUCCUUUUUGGCGGCGCUCGGGACAACGGCGGCGGCAGCGGCUCGGCGUGACGCCCCGGCGCCGAUGCGGUGGGUGCCGGGUACGGCCCCCGGCCCGGUUCCGCAGCCGCCGCUGCCGCCUGACACCGCUGUGCUCUCCCCUACCCGCAGGCAGCCCCCCGGCGAGUGCGAGAUGGCUCUCAGUGGCACGCUCCUCCCUUCCAUCGCCACCUUCGCGGCGGGCGCCGCGGGUCGCGAGAAGGCGGCGCGGCCCGCGGGCCCCGGCAACCGGUGGCGGGAGGAGCUGUCGCAGCUGAAGCGGCCGCCGCCGGCGCUGGCGGCGCGGCCCGUGGAGGCGCCGCCGUCGGAGCUGGAGGCCGCCGCAGCUCUGGGGUCCCGCCGCGACGCGGAGGAGUUCAACGAGCUGCUGGACUUCGACUUCAUCCUCUCCAACUCCCUCAUGCACCAGGAGCCUGCCGCCGCCGCUGUGGUGGUGGCCCCCGCCGCCGCCACGGCCCCCACUGCCAGCCCCUGCCCUGCCGGGUCCUUUUCCUACCCACUGCCCCGGCCCGAGCCUGCCGGCCUUCUCUAUUGCGGCGGCGGCAGCACCCGUGAUGGGGCCCCUGCUGCCGGCCCUACCGCCCCCUUCAACCUGUCUGACAUCACCGACGUGUCGCCUUCGGGAGGCUUCGUGGCUGAGCUCAUGCGGCCUGACCUGGACCCGGUGUACCUGCCGGCGCCUGCGGCGUUGCCGCCUCUGGGCAGUCUGCAGGGCAAGUUUGUGGUUAAGGCCGUGGGCGAGUACUCCCACCCAGGGCUCAGCCCCAAGGGUGGUCCCCCCGCUGCUGGCCCGCCACCCAGCACUGAAGGCCCCGGGGCACCCUACAACGCCUUGCCACGGAUGUGCCCCAAAAUCAAGCAGGAGGCUGCCCCACCGUGCACCCUGGCCCCGCCGCCGCCACCACCACAUGGCAGCAUCCCCCGAGGAGCCCCUCAGCACGACUUCUCCCUCGGCCGCCCACUGCCUGCCCGGACUACACCUUCACUGGGGCCCGAGGAGAUGCUGAGCAGCAGAGACUCUCUCCCCACCACCCCAGGGCUGAACCAUGCACCACUGCCACUGCCCCCGGGGUACCCCUCGGCAUCUGGUUAUCCCACGUUUCUGCCUGAGCAGCUGCCACCUGGCACACUCCAGUACCAAGAGCUGAUGCCGCCAGGGAGCUGCCUGCCUGAGGAGACCAAGCCCAAGAGGGGACGCCGGUCAUGGCCUAGGAAAAGAACAGCUACACACACCUGCGAUUAUGCAGGCUGUGGCAAAACCUACACCAAGAGCUCUCAUCUCAAGGCGCAUCUGAGAACCCACACAGGUGAGAAACCUUAUCACUGUGACUGGGAAGGCUGCGGAUGGAAGUUUGCCCGAUCCGAUGAACUUACUCGUCACUACAGAAAACACACAGGCCACCGCCCCUUCCAGUGCCAGCGGUGUGACAGAGCAUUUUCCAGGUCGGACCACCUUGCCUUACACAUGAAGAGGCACUUCUAAUUGGAAGCAGUGGAUCUUUCACCAACUGCCAUAGAGAUUCAGUAUUUACAGCAUAAGGACUGUCUUUCACGAGACGGGGAGAACACAGUUUAAGCACUACAGAUAAUCAAGGUGAAGUCUUCCAAAGAGUGGAAAGAGGGAUAAUUGCAUACAGACGUUGCAACUUUGUUUUUGUAUAUGUGCGAUUGAAAGAAAACCAAAAACGCUGGGCUCAGUGACUGAAUCUUCUAUCAUUCCAUUUGUAAAUCCAACUUGAAUUAUUUCCGGACUACAAAAUGCCAAGGAGUGACGGGAAGUCACGGAUAUCAGGGUUAAACAGACUGCGUAGUUCGGAGGGUGGGGAUAUUACACAGGGAAAUUACAUUCCCUUAAUUUUCUUUCAAUGCAAUAUUAAAUGCAAAUGUCAUCUUGUACUUUUGCUCUUUUCCUUCUUAAAAGCCAUUACAAUGUUAGAAGGAAAAAUUCAGGUACAGAAUUAUAUUUUAAAAGCCUAUUUCAUGGUGCUUAGUGACUGUUGGUUCUAGAGGUACCAAAAACAGGAAGCCAAAGUUCUCAAACUGCUGCAUAUCUGACAAGGACAUAUUUUUGUCUUAUGAUGACCAAUUAUGACGUAAAUCAGGUAAAUAAACCUGGUUUAUCUUUUUGUUUUGUUUUUUCCUUAAGAAAAAAACUUUAUGCAGACAGUCUGUAAUGCACUGUGGUUUCGAUGUGCAAUAGUUUGUACAAUGGAUUAUUCCCAAAUAUGCCUUAAGCAGAACAAAUGUUUUCUAUUUAGUUCUUUACUUAAUAAAUAUGUAAUAUAAAUUUAAGCAAACGUCUAUUUUGUAUAUUUGUAAACACAAAGUGAAAAUGAACUUUUUGUUGGAAUUUGUAUUUUACAUAUUCAAGUGGAAAAUAGGUGUUAAAUAAACCUAUAAUAUU